CGUCUAAAAUUAUUUUCCUGCAAUUCAAAAUCAACGAUUAGCAAACCCUUUUCUUCAGAAAUACAAAACAAUUAGAAAACCCUAGACUCAGAUCUAAACAGAAUCCAAUCAAUCAGUAGCCAUGGAAUACACGGCGGCUAGAAAAAGAGGAGGUGGCGUCUUCGAAGGCAUCUACAAGGUUAUCAUGCGCCGCAACUCCAUCUACGUCACUUUCAUCAUCGCCGGCGCUUUCGCCGGUGAACGGGCUGUGGAUUACGGAGUUCGAAAGCUAUGGGAAAACAACAAUGUUGGAAAACGUUAUGAAGAUAUUCCAGUCUUAGGGCAAAGGAAAACAGAAGAAUGAGCUGGACUCCUUUUUCUGGCUGUUUUAGAGCUCCAUAUUGAUAAUUUGGAGUAAGCAUUUGAUGCAGUGAAUAGCAAUUUUUGCAAUAAAUGUAAUUUGUUUGGAUCAUCGAGACUACAUUUUAAAGAAUGGUUUCUUGCAGUUCAACUGCGAUUUUAGAAUUAGCAAACAAGUAUAAACUGUGUAUGGCUGCAGUGAUUUGGCUGAGAACAUUAUUAUGUUCUUGAGUUUGGUUUCUUUUAA